AUGACUCUGGUUCUGUCCAUGAAUAGAUUCUGCGAGCCCAUUGUCUCGGAAGGAGCUGCUGAAAUUGCCGGGUACCAGACACUAUGGGAGGCUGACAGCUACAGAGGCCCGAGCCCCCCUGGCCCACUGCAGGCCCCUCUGCAGGGAGACCGGGGUGCCGGGCCCCCUCUGGCAGGAUCACAUUACAGGGGAAUUUCAAAUCCUAUAACAACAUCCAAGAUCACAUACUUUAAGAGGAAGUAUGUGGAAGAAGAGGAUUUUCACCCACCACUCAGCAGCUGUAGCCAUAAAACCAUCUCGAUUUUUGAGGAACGAGCCCACAUCCUUUAUAUGUCUUUAGAAAAGCUCAAGUUCAUUGAUGACCCAGAAGUGUACCUACGAAGAUCUGUCCUCAUCAACAACUUGAUGAAAAGAAUCCAUGGAGAGAUCAUCAUGCAGAACAACUGGUGCCUCCCUGCCUGCUCCUUCAGCGGCGCCUCGGCCCAGGAGUGGUUUAUGACUCAAGACUGUCCGUACCGGAAACGACCGCGGAUGGCCAAGGAGGAGUGCGAGAAAUUUCAUGCCUGCUGCUUCUACCAAGAAUGUGGUGGUCAUUACCUAAAUUUACCCUUCUCUGUCAAUGCUAAUGUCGGAAGUGCCUCCAACACCGCCUCCUCUUCCUCUUCCUCCUCAUCUUCUUCCUCUUCCCCUCUACCAUUACCAAGUUGUUCCCAUCAGGUGGAUUUUGACCUAGGCAGUGCACCUCUGUACAAAAGCGAUGGCCACAUACCUGCCAAUGAAAUCUUUGUCACCAAUGUCAGGUCACUAAGUGAUGAGAAAGCAAAUGACAUCAGCAGAGAUGGUGGCCCCCUCAGCCAUGAACCUGUGGGACACGACCUUGCUUUUGAGUGCAAAGGCCAAUUUUAUGAUUAUUUUGAGACUGGAUACAAUGAAAAACACAAUGUCAGUGAGUCUUGGAAAAAGUCUUUAAGGAAAAAGGAACCUUCACCGGGUAAUAAACUGUGUUGCAGCAAAGGAAGUAAAAUAUGAGCCAUCUUUUUCCCUGAAACUUUGAUGCAUGCCCAGCAUGAUCAAUUAGCUCUCAUAAAUUUUAUUUUGAAUGGAUUUUCUAGUUUUGUACAACUGGUAAAAAUUAUGCUAUGAACAUGCCGUGUCGUUGUAAUGCCUGGAGAGCAGAUUGCAUUAAACAUCUAUACAGAGGCAUCAGCAAGCUACUUAUCAAUGUGAUGAUUUUCCCAAGAAAACAGUUGACUUGAUGCUGAAGAGUCUUAGUUUUCUUACAGACAAGAUCAAUAGAUUGGGUUGGGGGACAGUGUGUCCCUGUGGCAUCUCCAGUGCCCCUGUUCUCCCCUAACCCCCAAAGAGCCUGACACUAGCUAAGAACCUUCAACGCGUUUGCCAAUUAAGUAGACGGUUAUUUGGUCAUCCAAGCCAUGUAACCAGCAAAGGAUGUCUGCGUUUCCUAUGUGAUGCAUUUAUUUUUUUUCUACAUAAGAGACUGAAGACAGGGAGCUAGGUGAAAUGGCUUCCUGGUGCUGUUAAGUAUUCGUAUUUAGCAGCCUCAUGUGAUGUGCAAACGGGACGUGAUGUCACAAAGUGCACCUGCCCACAGUCCGUGGAGACCAUGAUCCCUGCAAGUUCCUGGCUUGCCUGUGGUGGGUUGGGUGCUGAGGCUUUGAGAGAGGUGGUAUACAGGGCGAUUCUUGGUGCCUUACUUUAUCUUAAUUUUUGCCAAUGUGAAAAUUAAGGAUGAAUCAGAGUUACAGCAGGGAUUUAACAAACAGGAGAAAAAAAAAUAAAACAGGGUGGAUCAGUAUGGUUUGGAAACUGUUAACUUUGAACUGUUGUGUUCACCUUUUGAGUCGACAUCUCUCUUCUUUAUUUUCGAUGCCUGAUUGCUUUUGGCUUUGGCAUUUUUGGAUAGGGAAUGGAGGGACAAAGGAGAGAGCCAAGAGAAACCAGCACGGGCUGCCUGGGCUUCUCUAUGGCAACCAUCUGUUGCUGGGUUUGGAUUUUCUGGGUUUUGGGUUGUUUUGUUUUGGUUUGUUUUCUUGUCCAAUGAAGUUCAUGAACCAGUGGCAUGCAUUAUCCUCUCAUCUGUUUUGCAUCAUUUCACUUGUUUAGAUUAUAAAAGCAUGUGGUUUUUUAUAUGACUUUUUGCUAUUGAUUACGAAGCACAAUGUUAAUAAACGAUGUGGUGAUCAAUAAGGUUUCUCUUAAAGAAGAUUUUAGCUCGUGGAGAAGUUAUUUUGGAGAAAUGGGACUUCAUCCGUAACAGUUACUGUGUAUUUACUCAACAUUCUCUGCAAUGAUGUCUUUAAUUUGUGCGUUUGCAGGAGUGUGUGGUGAGGCCCUCUGCCUGCCUUCCGUCCACUCCAGCCAACUGUUCCUGCUAGGCUGUGUGCCGGUUGCCAAGGCUACUCAUUGACUUGAGCCUCUUUAAACUUCGUAAGAACUCAAUGCCAAACAGAGGAAAUAAGUGAGUCCUCCCGGUUUCUCCAAGAUAAAGCUUUUUAAGAUUAUUGCUAUUAAAUAUAGGUCUCAUUCAUACAGUGUAUGAGUCGGAUCAUUUGGGCAGUUGUCCACAAGGACCAAUUUUUGAAACAUUUUCUUGUGUUAUAGCGAAAUAGCCUAGUAAUGUUUUGUCCUUUAUUUUCAAUAUUUGAUAAACAUUUGAUGUUGACAAUUUAGAUGAUAGAUGCUUGUAUAUGAAUGUGUUGUAAUAAAGUGAGGUUUUCUUGAUAUAUAUUUAUUAAAAUGAUCAAAAUUCAUUAA